AUGGAAGCCCAUACAUUAUCGCACGCAUCCACCCUCCUCGCCCGGGCCGACUCCAGCAGUCGUCCAUCCUACUACAAGGCGAUCGGCAUUUCUCUUGCGGUCGCAUCGGGCGUCUUUAUCGGUAUAUCGUUCGUUUUGAAGAAGGUUGGUCUGCUCAGGGCAAAUGUUAAGUACAAUGAAGAAGCUGGAGAGGGAUAUGGCUAUCUGAAGAAUUUUCUUUGGUGGACUGGCAUGACCCUGAUGAUUAUUGGCGAAAUCUGCAACUUUGUUGCUUACGCUUUUGUCGACGCCAUCCUAGUUACACCCUUGGGCGCCUUAUCCGUGGUAAUCACUACGGUCUUAUCUGCAAUCUUUCUCAAGGAAAGACUGAGCUUUGUCGGCAAAGUUGGUUGCUUCUCAUGCAUUGUUGGGUCAGUGGUGAUUGCGUUGAAUGCGCCCGAGCAGUCUUCGGUCAGCAACAUUCAAGAAAUGCAACACUAUGUUAUCGCGCCUGGAUUCUUGACAUAUGCAGGUGUCAUCAUUGUCGGUUCUAUAUUCACUGCUUGGUGGGCAGGGCCCCGAUAUGGCAAGAAGAGCAUGUUCGUCUACAUCAGCAUUUGCAGCAUGGUUGGUGGCUUAAGUGUGGUUGCAACCCAAGGUCUGGGAUCAGCGAUUAUAGCCUGGAUCGGGGGUGAGCCACAGUAUAAACAGUGGUUUCUCUGGGUUUUACUUGUCUUUGUUGUUUGCACGUUGCUGACAGAGAUCAUCUUUCUGAACAAAGCGCUGAAUCUUUUCAAUGCGGCCCUUGUCACGCCGACCUACUAUGUCAUGUUCACCAGUGCCACGAUUGUGACCUCCGCCAUCUUGUUCCAAGGAUUCAAGGGUACUGCCACGGAAAUUACGACUGUGAUUAUGGGAUUCCUGCAGAUCUGCACCGGUGUAGUCCUUCUUCAGAUAUCGAAGUCUGCUAAAGAUGUUCCCGAUGCUGCUGUUUUCAAAGGUGAUUUGGACCAAAUUCGUGAGGUGGUCACGCAGGAGGAGCCAGAAUCGGAGCCCAGGGCAGACUCGAUCCGCGGUGCAGCCUCUAUCAUUCGCCGCAUCUCAACUGCCCGUCGCACCAUGGAGUCUGAUGAGGCCCGGCGCUUUUUCCACGAUAAACAUGAAGAUUCCCUCAAGCCUCCGGGUGAGAACGAAAUUAUUGAAUGGGAUGGCCUCCGCCGGCGGAAGACUGUCCUCGGACAAGGGCCAACGAUGUCUCGUGCAUCUACCCCUCGAUCACCCUCAAUCAAGCAACAGUUUCCACCGCUCGGGAUGUCGCACUUUCCUGAUCCAGAGGAUGAGGAAGAUCGACCAACCACCAAGCAAAGUGGACAUUCUUUCCUGUCUGACACUCGGUCUCGGAUGUCAAGUCUGCGUCACCCUCAGCAGUGGAUUCCACUGAAAGAGCAGGAUGAAAAGAACACCGGGUCACAGGAUGCCCCGGUGUCUCAGGAUGGUGAUGCGGUUGACACAGAAUACCACGGUGCUGCGGCCCGCCCUUUUGGACGUGAGCGAAGCGACACCCCUCGAUCCAUCGCCUGGGCCGAUGAGAAAGCCGAUGACCCGAGUCUUGAGCCUCCGGUGAACACCGCACGUCGUCAGUUCUCCUUCAACAGCGUGCUGAGCCGCAUGAAACCAACCCGUGAUCCAUCCCCCAAGCGCCUCGCCAGUCCGCCCCGUGGUAUUCUUCGUCGGACCACAAACUCAGGAACGGAAGAAGAACGACUUGGUCUUGUGAAGGGAGAUUCUCGAACCGUACAGCCAGAGGAGAGUCUUGGUGAGAAAUUGGAGCGCUGGUCGAGCAGCGAGUCGGAUCUCAGCGAAGUCCAACCCCAACCAUUGCGCACCAGCCGCCCUCACGGAGAUUCUGUGUCAUCCAUGUCGACCGCAGCCUUCCCACCGUAUGAGGACCACCACCAUGCGCUCUACUCUGCACCAGGUGCUUCUGGGUCGAACCCUUACUAUCUUCCGCCGACGCGACAAGCAGUGUCACCAGAACAUGUCGAGGAGUAUGAUGGCUGGCAGUUACCCCCGUCCAGUGCUCGCGGUCACAAUCGCACGCGAACAAACUCAUCGACUCAUGGCCGCGCCCCACCGCCCUCUCAGUCCUCCUUCUCUACGCACCGUCACCCUAACCCGCUUCCGUCUUUGCCCGAUGAGACUGCUAUGGGUGUGAGAUCCGUCUCCUCUGGCUCGUCCGAUAUGGGCGUUGCUUCCAUAACCUCAUCUACCGAAGCUCAAGACACUGAGAAUACUCGCCCUUAUCGCGUGUCUCGCCAAAACAGUGGCUGGCGUCGGCAUAUGUCCGAGCUGAGCAGUCAUGACGGCGAACCACCUGAGGCCAGAGGGAACGGUCGGGGUGGUGCAUUUGUCUGA